CUUCUUCCUCAGAAGAUAUCGGAAAAAGGAAAAAAGCUGCUCUUGCUCAAGGUUUUUUCUUUCCCGCGCAUUAUUUCGAUAAAAAUGGCUCCUAAAUCGGAUAACACAGAAGCUAUCGUACUCAACUUUGUAAAUGAGCAAAACAAACCUCUAAACACUCAAAAUGCAGCUGAUGCUCUGCAAAAGUUUAACCUUAAGAAGACUGCAGUUCAAAAGGCACUUGAUAGCCUUGCUGAUGCCGGAAAAAUCACGUUCAAAGAGUAUGGUAAGCAGAAGAUUUACAUUGCUAGACAAGACCAGUUUGAGAUUCCAAACAGUGAAGAACUUGCUCAAAUGAAAGAAGAAAACGCCAAACUUCAAGAACAACUCCAAGAGAAGAAGAAAACAAUCAGUGAUGUGGAGUCAGAAAUCAAGAGCUUGCAGUCAAACUUGACACUAGAAGAGAUACAAGAGAAAGAUGCCAAACUAAGAAAGGAGGUUAGGGAAAUGGAAGAGAAACUGAUCAAACUACGCGAAGGGAUUACAUUGGUGAGGCCAGAAGACAAAAAGGCUGUUGAAGAUAUGUACGCGGAUAAGAUUAAUCAGUGGCGCAAGCGAAAGAGGAUGUUCAGAGACAUUUGGGAUACUGUAACAGAGAAUUCUCCCAAAGAUGUUAAGGAACUAAAGGAGGAGCUUGGAAUUGAAUAUGAUGAAGAUGUCGAUCUAAGUUUCCAGGCAUAUGCUGACCUAAUUCAACAUGGUAAAAAGAGGCCUAGAGGACAGUAAUUUCCAGAUUUCCAUACCUCAGUGGACGUAGAAGCUUCUUCUAGUUUCAGAACAAUGUUAUUCUCUGCAGCAAUCUCCUUCAAAGCCUUCAUUCUAACUUCUUUCGGUGGAUGUCUUGUGGACAACUUCUGAAUUAUCUAUAGUAACACCAAAAGAAACAUGAAACUCAGUAAGUAUCUUGUUUUAAUAGGAGGGAUAUAUAAUAUAACGUAUUGAAUAUAGUAUGGGUUGAAUCAAA